GGGAGGGCCGGGCCGGGGGCACGGAGCUCGUCACGCGGCGCCACCGUCACAGCACCAGGAGCAGUCAGCAAGCAGCAUCGGUUCCAGUCUGGGGGGACCCUCUCUGGUGCCAGUGCCCAUGCGGGGCCGCCGCCAGUGACGCCUGAGAGGUGACUCUGCCCUCUCUGGGGCAACUGCAGCUGCUGAGUUACCAGCAAACUCCACAGACAUGGCCGGGGCCUCUGUGAAGGUGGCGGUCCGUGUCCGCCCCUUCAAUUCCCGGGAAAUGAGCCGCGACUCCAAGUGCAUCAUCCAGAUGUCCGGAAGCACCACCACUAUUGUCAACCCCAAACAGCCCAAGGAGACACCCAAGAGCUUCAGCUUCGAUUACUCCUACUGGUCACAUACCUCGCCCGAGGACAUCAACUAUGCCUCUCAGAAGCAGGUGUACAGGGACAUCGGGGAAGAGAUGCUACAGCAUGCCUUCGAGGGCUACAAUGUGUGCAUCUUUGCCUAUGGGCAGACAGGGGCUGGCAAGUCCUAUACCAUGAUGGGCAAACAAGAGAAGGACCAACAAGGCAUCAUCCCACAGCUCUGUGAAGACCUCUUCUCUCGGAUCAAUGACACGACCAAUGACAACAUGUCCUACUCAGUGGAGGUCAGCUACAUGGAGAUUUACUGUGAGCGGGUCCGUGACCUCCUGAACCCCAAGAACAAAGGCAACCUGCGUGUGAGGGAGCAUCCUCUGCUGGGUCCCUAUGUGGAAGACCUCUCCAAACUGGCUGUGACCUCCUACAAUGACAUCCAGGACCUCAUGGACUCAGGGAACAAGGCUAGGACCGUGGCGGCCACAAACAUGAAUGAGACUAGCAGCCGUUCUCAUGCCGUCUUCAACAUCAUCUUCACCCAGAAGCGCCACGAUGCAGAGACCAACAUUACCACAGAGAAAGUGAGCAAAAUCAGCCUUGUGGACCUGGCUGGCAGUGAACGCGCUGACUCCACUGGAGCCAAGGGCACACGACUCAAGGAGGGAGCCAACAUCAACAAGUCUUUGACCACCCUGGGGAAGGUCAUCUCUGCCCUGGCUGAAAUGGACUCUGGACCCAACAAGAACAAGAAGAAAAAGAAGACAGAUUUCAUCCCCUACCGAGACUCCGUAUUGACCUGGCUUCUCCGGGAAAACCUGGGCGGCAACUCAAGGACAGCCAUGGUGGCGGCCCUGAGCCCAGCAGACAUCAACUAUGAUGAGACCCUCAGCACACUGAGAUAUGCAGACCGGGCCAAACAGAUCCGCUGUAACGCCAUUAUCAACGAGGAUCCUAACAACAAGCUGAUUCGAGAACUGAAGGAUGAAGUGACCAGGCUGCGAGACCUGCUGUACGCCCAAGGUCUGGGCGAUAUCACUGACACCAACACUGUGCCCGGAGGACCCAAAUUGACCAAUGCCCUGGUGGGCAUGAGUCCCUCAUCUUCGCUCUCAGCCCUGUCCAGCCGUGCGGCCUCUGUGUCCAGUCUCCACGAGCGCAUCUUGUUUGCCCCAGGCAGCGAGGAGGCUAUCGAAAGGCUGAAGGAGACAGAGAAGAUCAUUGCUGAGCUCAACGAGACUUGGGAGGAGAAGCUGCGGCGGACGGAAGCCAUCCGGAUGGAGAGGGAAGCCUUGCUGGCUGAGAUGGGUGUGGCCAUGAGAGAAGAUGGUGGCACCUUGGGUGUGUUUUCUCCCAAAAAGACACCUCAUCUUGUCAACCUGAAUGAGGAUCCAUUGAUGUCUGAGUGUCUCCUCUACUACAUCAAAGACGGAGUCACCAGAGUGGGCAGAGAAGAUGCAGAGAGGAGGCAAGACAUUGUCCUGAGUGGGCAUUUCAUCAAGGAGGAGCACUGCAUCUUCCGGAGUGACUCCCGGGGAGGGGGAGAAGCCGUGGUGACCCUGGAGCCCUGUGAAGGAGCUGACACAUACGUCAAUGGCAAGAAAGUCACUGAGCCCAGCAUCUUGCGGUCAGGAAACCGCAUCAUCAUGGGGAAAAGCCACGUGUUCCGCUUCAACCACCCUGAGCAGGCCCGCCAAGAGCGUGAGCGGACUCCCUGUGCAGAGACACCUGCUGAGCCAGUGGACUGGGCCUUCGCCCAGCGUGAGCUGCUGGAGAAGCAGGGCAUCGACAUGAAGCAGGAGAUGGAGCAGAGGCUCCAGGAGCUGGAGGACCAGUACCGGCGGGAACGGGAAGAGGCCACGUACCUGCUGGAGCAGCAGAGGCUGGACUAUGAGAGUAAGCUGGAGGCCCUACAGAGACAGAUGGACUCCAGGUACUACCCAGAGGUGAACGAGGAGGAGGAAGAGCCAGAGGAUGAGGUCCAGUGGACGGAGCGGGAGUGUGAACUUGCACUGUGGGCCUUCCGGAAAUGGAAGUGGUACCAGUUCACUUCUCUACGGGACCUGCUAUGGGGCAAUGCCAUCUUCCUGAAGGAGGCCAACGCCAUCAGUGUGGAGCUGAAGAAGAAGGUCCAGUUCCAGUUCGUCCUCCUCACAGACACCCUCUACUCCCCGCUACCGCCAGACCUACUGCCUCCAGAGGCCGCCAAAGACCGAGAGACACGGCCCUUCCCUCGAACCAUUGUGGCAGUGGAGGUGCAGGACCAGAAGAACGGGGCCACCCACUACUGGACACUAGAGAAGCUCAGGCAGCGCCUGGACCUGAUGCGGGAGAUGUAUGACAGGGCCGCAGAGGUGCCUUCCAGCGUCGUUGAAGACUGUGACAACGUGGUGACAGGCGGGGAUCCCUUCUAUGACCGUUUCCCCUGGUUCCGGCUGGUGGGCAGUUCAGUCAUCUCUGGCUGCAACAGCUACCCUCUUCUCAACACAUGCAUGAGCGAGCGCAUGGCUGCUCUCACCCCCUCCCCCACCUUCUCAAGCCCCGACUCCGACACCACCGAGCCUGCCGAGGAGCAGAGCGUGGGGGAGGAGGAGGAGGAGGAGGAGGAGGACCUGGAGGACGACGUCUUUCCGGAGCACACGCUGUGCGACGGCCGGGACCCGUUUUACGACCGGCCCCCCCUGUUCAGUUUAGUAGGAAGGGCCUUCGUGUACCUGAGCAACCUGCUGUACCCUGUGCCCCUGGUGCACCGCGUGGCCAUCGUCAGCGAGAAGGGAGAGGUGAAAGGCUUCCUCCGUGUGGCGGUGCAGGCGAUCUCAGCUGAUGAAGAGGCUCCGGAUUAUGGCUCGGGUGUCCGUCAGUCAGGGACUGCUAAAAUCUCCUUUGAUGACCAGCAUUUUGAAAAGUUCCAGUCUGAGUCCUGCCCUGUGGUAGGGAUGUCCCGCUCAGGGACCUCCCAGGAGGAGCUGCGAAUUGUAGAAGGCCAGGGUCAGGGUGCUGACUCCGGGCCCUCGGCCGAUGAGGUCAACAACAACACCUGCUCAGCCGUGACUCCUGAAGGCCUCCUAGACAGCCCUGAGAAGACUGCCCUGGAUGGGCCUCUGGACACAGCCCUGGACCACCUCCGCCUAGGCAGCACCUUCACCUUCCGUGUGACAGUCCUGCAGGCAUCCAGUAUCUCUGCUGAAUAUGCCGACAUCUUCUGCCAGUUCAACUUUAUCCACCGCCACGAUGAGGCCUUCUCCACUGAGCCCCUGAAGAACACUGGCAGGGGACCCCCUCUCGGCUUCUACCAUGUCCAAAAUAUUGCAGUAGAGGUGACCAAGUCCUUCAUCGAGUACAUCAAGAGCCAGCCCAUUGUGUUUGAGGUCUUCGGCCACUACCAGCAGCACCCAUUCCCACCUCUUUGCAAGGACGUGCUCAGCCCCCUGAGGCCCUCACGUCGCCACUUCCCCCGGGUCAUGCCGCUAUCCAAGCCAGUGCCUGCCACUAAGCUCAGUACGAUGACACGACCUUCCCCAGGUCCCUGCCACUGCAAGUACGACCUGCUGGUCUACUUCGAGAUCUGUGAGCUGGAAGCCAAUGGCGAUUACAUCCCCGCUGUGGUAGAUCACCGUGGCGGUAUGCCGUGCAUGGGGACCUUCCUUCUCCACCAGGGCAUCCAGAGACGGAUAACCGUGACGCUGUUGCAUGAGACAGGAAGUCACAUCCGCUGGAAGGAAGUGCGAGAGCUGGUUGUGGGUCGCAUCCGAAACACUCCAGAAACUGACGAAUCUCUGAUUGACCCCAACAUCUUGUCCCUCAACAUCCUCUCAUCCGGAUAUGUCCGCCCAGCCCAGGAUGACCGGCAGUUUCUUGAUUCGGACAUACCUAGGACCUUCUACCAGUUUGAGGCAGCCUGGGACAGCUCCAUGCAUAACUCUCUCCUGCUGAAUCGUGUCACCCCCUACCGGGAGAAAAUCUACAUGACCCUCUCUGCCUACAUUGAGAUGGAGAACUGCACCCAGCCAGCUGUCAUCACCAAGGACUUCUGUAUGGUUUUCUACUCUCGUGACGCCAAGCUGCCAGCCUCACGCUCCAUUCGCAACCUGUUUGGCAGUGGGAGCCUGAGGGCCACAGAAGGCAACCGUGUGACUGGUGUGUACGAGCUCAGCCUCUGCCACGUGGCAGAUGCAGGUAGCCCAGGAAUGCAGCGCCGUCGCCGGCGCGUGCUGGACACAUCGGUAGCCUACGUCCGGGGUGAGGAGAACCUGGCUGGCUGGAGGCCUCGGAGUGACAGCCUGAUCCUGGACCACCAGUGGGAGCUGGAAAAGCUGAGCCUGCUACAGGAGGUGGAGAAGACGCGGCACUACCUGCUCCUACGGGAGAAGCUGGAGACCACACAGCGCCCUGGCCCUGAGGCGCUGUCCCUAGCCUCCAGUGAGGACUCUGAGUCCCGCAGCUCCUCAGGCGCCUCGUCCCCACUGUCAGCCGAGGGUCAGCCGUCACCUCUGGAGGCCCCCAACGAGAGGCAGAGAGAACUGGCGGUCAAGUGCUUACGACUCCUCAUGCACACAUUCAACAGAGAGUACACCCACAGCCACGUCUGCGUCAGUGCCAGCGAGAGCAAGCUGUCUGAGAUGUCGGUCACCCUGAUGCGGGACCCGUCCAUGUCUCCUCUGGGUGCAGCUACGCUCACUCCCUCCUCCACUUGCCCCUCUCUGAUUGAAGGACGCUACGGUGCCGCUGACGUGAGGACCCCCCAGCCCUGCUCCCGGCCUGCCAGCCCAGAGCCCGAGCUCCUGCCAGAAAUCGAUUCCAAGAAGACUCCCUCCCCAGCUCGGGCAACAGAGGCGGACGAGGAGCCCCAGCGCCUGCUGGUCCCUGACAUCCAAGAGAUCCGAGUCAGCCCAAUCGUCUCCAAGAAGGGGUACUUGCACUUCCUGGAACCACACACAGCUGGCUGGGCCAAGCGCUUUGUCGUGGUGCGGCGCCCCUAUGCCUACAUGUACAACAGUGACAAGGACUCCGUGGAGAGAUUUGUGCUCAACCUCUCCACUGCCCAGGUGGAGUACAGCGAGGACCAGCAGGCCAUGCUGAAGACACCCAACACGUUUGCUGUGUGCACUGAGCACCGGGGCAUCCUGCUGCAGGCCAACAGUGACAAGGACAUGCACGACUGGCUGUAUGCCUUCAACCCACUCCUGGCUGGGACCAUCCGGUCCAAGCUUUCCCGAAGGAGAUCUGCACAGAUGCGGGUCUGAGCCGAAGCCUUCCGGACAUCCAGUGGCCCAGACCAGUCCCCUGUCCUUAUCAUCUGUCCUGUCAUCUGCCACUCAGCCCUUCCCCCGCCAGGGGACUCCUGCGCUGGGCCCAGCACCCCCACCUCUGGCGGGGGGCCUCUACCACACGAUGCAUUGUGCUCCCCAGAGGUUGUGCGUGUUGUUGUUUCUUCCAAAAUUGCUCUGGUGGGAAGUUCGGAAUGCCAGGAAGGUUAGAGGGCACAAGACCCAGGGUAUUGCCGCUGUUCUAAUAUUUUUUUAAGCAUAGACAGACUUAUAAUUAAUAUACAUUAGUGGUGUUGAAACAGUCCUCUGAGACAUUAACUAUAAGACUGUGUUCUGUUUAUAAGUAUUUAUUUCUAAUGCCUCCAGGUAGGGUUGUAAGAUUCAUGUGGAGCUCUCCCUGACACCCCAAGCCUAGGCCCUGAUGGUUCCCACAUAUGUCUCCAGUCUUCUGGGACCAGAUUUGGGGGGGGUUGUGAACAAGCCAUGGCUCCUCACAGCUGGCACAGGGAUGCUCCUCCCUGGCCAGUUUUAUCUGAGACACACCCAGCAGGUGUGUAUGUGAGGGGGUCUGCCGGUUCCGAGACUUAGGCAACUCAGAAGGUGCUGUGUGCUGCUUUUGAGGGAGCAGUUUCUAAGAUGGGUGGUGCAGGCAGCUUCAUUCCCAGAGUGGGAAGGAUCAGACAGGGUGUGUGGAGGAAGGGGUUCCAGCUGGGCUAUGUCUAGGCUGUCGGAUAAGGCGGCUGGGUUUGCACAGGGCUGUGGGUGGCAGGCACUGGUGUUCAGGAUGGGAUCUCUGAGUUUAGCCUUGGGUGUCGGUGUCGGUGAGAAAAGGGGUAAAUACAUAGCUCUGGGAAGGUUCUGUGAUCGGUGAUCCCUUACAAUCUGCCCAGCAAGCUUCUCUGAACGUCUCGGUAGGAGAACUCAGUGAGUGAUGCAUGUCCUUGUCAGGCAGAUGAGUAUGACCUCGUGGUAGUUUUGGCAAAGGGACUCUUCCUUUCUGCAUCUGGGGAAUUUCCAUAUCACAGGCCCAUUUAGAAAAUCAGAAACCAAACCUCAAGUCCCCAGCGCCCAUCAGGAGCGGUGACACUCAGCAUCUAGCUACCCCAGGCCUCUCCCUCCACCUUGACCAGCCCCUCCCCCCUCCAAUUGAGCCACUGGGUCUGAGCUCCCUCUCAGCCCAGGCUGUCUCCACAUGGCACUGACAUGACAUGGAUUCUCUCGAGGCGAUUCUUCACAGCAUCUCUACUGACUGGAAAGGCGUAGGAGAAGUUCUGGCUUCAAGGCCCCUUAGCAUUGUUAUCAAAGGCCCUGCCCUUCAUCCGGGCAUCAAGAUUCAGGGUGGUGGCAGGGCUCACACUGGCAGUAGUGUGUGCACCUGCCAGCCAGGGUGAGCCCUGUUGAAAGUGAGAAUUUGCCCAUCAUUGGGGUCAGGUGCCUUGGGGGUGGCCACCAUCAUGCCCGGCUGUCCUCAACCCCAGGACCUGAGGUAAUAAUAGUCCUUAGCCUCAGGUCUCAGGAAACCCUGUCUUUGAAAUGUAGGAUAAGACUUACUUCUAAGAAUCCAGAUCAAAAUGCCCACCCCAGACCAAAAUUAACCCAGAAACCAGGUGACCUGGGCUGUCUACUGUGGACCUUGGAGGCAGGAGGCUGAGGUACAGAGUGAAGAGAAGACAACCGUGUCCUUAGCAAGCUCAUCUGGCACUCAUGACUGAAAGAAGGGAAGGAACGGGCUGCUUAAAUCCCUUGGUUCCCAAGGGUCACAGCCACACAGCCCCCGGAAGGCAGAGAGGCAGCCAUGCUCGCUCAGGUCAGCCAACCUGAAGCUGAGGCCUUGGAAGAGUGCGGCUCCACCCAGCAUGUGGGUGUCUGAGGCCAGCCAACCUACAGAGCACCUGCGCCUGGGUCGGGCUGUAGAAAGGGUAGGCGCUCUCCCCCUCCGCACACACACACAUGGUCAGGGGCCAUUCCAGUUUGGCCCAGUGCUAUCCUGGCACUGUAGGAGCCAAGGUGGGCUCCCUGCUUUGGUGGGAGGUCCUGAGUCAGAACCUAGUAACCAGAACUGACUGAGCAAGAACUCCGUCCACAGCUCAGGAAACCUGAUUUCUUCCUGCCCUCUCUGUCCAAAACUUACCAUGUCAGCUAAAGGUCUUUCAUCCAGCAUAGAGACAGAGGGCUGAGUUGGAAACAGGGAUGGAGGGGGAGUCACCAGACAGAAGCAAGUCCUUCUAGCUGAGGCCUGUUUCCUGCUAAGGCCAGAGAGUGAGAUAGAUCCAGAAAGUCACUUCCACAGUUUGGUUUUGCUACUUGAUGCUGUCCAGGCUGUGACCUCAAUUUAGUUUGGGAUACUCAUCUUUCCUCGGGAGGGUGAGCUUGGGAAGAACCCAGCCCUGAGCUGGGUUCCUGUGGGACCCUGCUAAUUCCUGGAGAACACAUCUAAGACCUCCUGUCCUGCUCUAGGCAAUCAUACCAGUACCUUCGUCUCUCUCUCUCUCUCUCUCUCUCUCUCUCUCUCUCUCUCUCUCUCUCUCUCUCUCUCUCUCUCUCUCUCUCACACACACACACACACACACACACACACACACCAGCUGUUCUAAAUUGCCCUCCUCAUCUAUCCUGGUCCCUGGAAACCCCUGGAUAUCUUGGGAUUACUGAAUAUGGCCAAUGUUACAGAUGUGAACAAGGCUAAGGUGUUGAUCCUCUCUGCUCUGUGCAGCAUGGGGAUCUCACAAGACACAUUCCUUUUACUCCUGGGACUGGAACCAUGCAGUCCCUCAGGAUGGACAGAUGCUGGGGCUGACCCGAGCCUUCCCUUGAGCCUGGACCUCCUGUAGUUUGUCUGUACUGAGGGCCCUCCUGCAACUCAGAGGCUGUGUCCCUGACUUGUACAUAUGUGAUUGCUGUGGGCACCCCCUGGCCCCCGUGUCGUAACCAUCUGACGUAAUGACUAGUAUCCUGCUGUUUACACCUGAGUGUUAGCUGUAGGCUCCUGUACUGUUUGUAUGCACUUAGGGCUCUGUCAAAUUAAGAAAUAAACGUGGCUCUCAUGCAACACACAA